GCGGGUUACUUUACAAAUCUGCAAACUCGAAUAUGACACUGGUAUAGGAAACGUUAAACAUGUACUUCUGACCAGAUUCAUGUCAGAUAUUCCUAGUACCUCAGAUGACUAUUCGAUCAGAAAAUUGUCUGUAAUAACUCUGUAAUGUGUGCCUAAAUACAUUCGUAACAAAGAAAUCGUGCUUGGGCAUGUUUAGGAUAUGGAUAUAUUUAUAACAAUUACGAGCAGGGAAAACGUAUAUAAAGCGGAAUUCGUUCAGUGAGUUAAUAACAGAGUUAUUACGCCUGAUUGCAGAGACCAGGACUGGCUAUUAUCAUUAAUGACACCCAUUUUAUGAAAAGGUCAAAAUUAUAAAAGUGCAUAUUCAAUACAUAUGGGAAAAAAUAGUUUGUAUAGUAAAAGCUGGGGAACAUAGUGAUUUCGUAAUACAUAUAUUUACCAAUACAUAUAACGCCUCGCUCUAAGGUUGAACAUUUAUUUUUUUCUCGGGUUUAAGUUAGAGUGGUAAUUUUGAAAUAGAAAUAUGUAUGAAUCAUCUUUUCACUAGACACAAUAAAACAAGUUAAGUGGACAUUUGAGAAUAAUUGAACGAAGAUAAAUUUGUAACAGUGAUGACUGAGAAGGAAUCGGGUGUAGGAAAUGGAAAUUUAUUGGAGAUGAAAAGAUCGAACGUGUGUGUUGUAGAGCCGGAUCAUUUGUGUUCGCAUUUGGAAGUCCGACGCCGACGGAGUGUAACGCUGCGUCAAGGGGGCCCGGAUGACUAUGAGGACAACAUGACCUGGCGGGAACUGGGGUAUGAGUUCACACAGUACACGACUUUGCAUGGACUGCGGUACAUAGCCGAGCGAAAUACGUUCAUUGCACGGAGAAUAUUCUGGUUACUUUUGACGGUCACGUGCUCAAGUCUCAUGGUAGUACAGGUCGUGGACCGUGUCCAGUAUCUGUUACAGUCACCAAUUGCCGUCAAUAUUAAAGUAAAUUAUAAUCAGAGUCUACAGUUUCCCGCCAUUACCAUCUGUAACCAAAACGCCUUCAGGGCAACCGAAGCCAGUGACCUUGACCUUUACAGACUGAUAGAGGACCUGUAUCGUACCGGAAGAGCUACGUCUCGGAACAUAUCCUGGCUAGACAACCUACAUAAAGAUAUUCGAGUGGACCAGCUGUAUACAAAACUUGGUCAUCGAAAGGAGGACUUUAUAGUCAGCUGCUCGUGGGCUGGGGAACGUUGUUCUGCUGAUAAUUUCACAACAACGUUGACGGAUCACGGCAUGUGUUACACGUUUAACGGCCAUAACGAACGUAUGCCUCAGCUGAAUGUGUCAUUCUCAGGAGCUGAGCAUGGUCUUCGGCUUACGUUGAACGCUGAACGAUAUGACGCCAUGCCUGGUCCCCAUGAUGCAAACGGGAUCAAGCUUUUGGCUACGUCAGUGUCUGAAUUUCCACGGGUGGAGGAAAUAGGAAUAGCCAUCCCGACAGGAGCGCAUGCUUUCGUCGGACUUGGAGUUUUAGUGAUUAAAAACUUGCCUAAACCUCACGGAGAUUGUGGAGACAAAACGCUGAUUUCAACGAAAAGAUACUCUCCGGAAAUGUGCAUCCUUGAGUGUGUUACGGCCUACGUUAGUAAAGAAUGCAAGUGUCGAAACUUUUAUAUGCCGAAUUUAUCUGGUAACCUGCCCGUUUGUACUUUGGAACAAUAUUUCGUCUGCUAUCUACGCGCAUACGAAUAUAUCCGGAAAAAAACUGUAGAUGAAUGCGACUGUCCGACUUCUUGUAACUAUCAGAUAUAUGAAAGUUCAAUAUCGUACGCAACAACUUCCGCAAACGUGAAGGGAAACCAGCUUGGACUCGCUAAAUCAGAGGAUUUGAAAAAUAAAUUCUACCGAGCAAGGGAAGUGACGGCGAAAAUGAACCCAUUCAUUCAAAAGCGUUUUAAAGAUACAGUUCAGAAAAUGAUAGAAAAUUACAACAAGCUGAGACAGUUGUUUGCCUUUGAUAUUCUAGAGCGUCUAGAUAAACAGAUCAGGAACCUUGAACAAUGGCGGGCGGAUAUGACGUCAAAAAUCGUCUUACGGCAGUUUAUUUACGAGUACCAAGAAUAUUCCAUCCAAAAGAAUUUCAUGAGAGCACGAGAUGCCAUGGAAGAAAGAACGCUGAACAACCUAUGUUUCGGAUUUCACGAGCACGUGUUUAACACAGAACUUCUGCUGCGGCAGAUGAUUGACACCAUGAAAAACAAUGAAACCACGGUCUCUAAAACGAUCAAAACUUAUUUGUCAAACACUUUACAAAGCAAGAUAGAAACUGCUGAAAGAGCAUUUCAAAAUUACACACAAAUAUAUACAGCGUAUGAAACAGGACAACGAAUUUUUAACUACAAGUUUAGAAAAAUUCCGCGCGAUGAAAACGAGGCCAUCAUUCCAAAACCACUUCUAAGAGAGUCCCUAUAUCAUAAUUACUACGCCAAGCGAUAUUCGAAACGCGUCGGUAAAGAUAUUAAAAAGGUAUUAAGAUAUACACGCAAUUUCGGAACAUUUGCAGACGAGUCUUUUGCUAACACUUCCGGUAUGCUUGAUGUACAAGCAAUGGAAAAAAUAAGUGCACGUUUUAUUGACGCCUGCGAGGACUACUUUCAUAGUAAAAGUACGUUUUACUUUGAGACUGUUGACAGACCUUUGCGAAUUAUUCAAGAACGACAACAGAACUUUUCAAAUGUCAGACGAGACUUUGACAAAAGCUUCAAAGAGCAAGCGGAUUUGUUACGAACGCUCAAAAAUUCACUUUCUAUAAUUAGAAGUGGGUUUCUAAGUGAUUUAGCGAACGGGAUUCAAUUAGUGCAAGAUUAUUUCGACGAAAAUUCGACCAAAAAUGUCACAAAAAGGCAAUUGGCGCAGAUUUUUACGUCUAAAGGGGUUAGUAACGAUAUGCAUAUGUUUUCUCUAUUUUUCACUGAAAUUCGCCAGAAGGGACAAUACAUUUACCAGCAAUGGACGCCAAUCGGCUCUUCAGUCCUCAAAGUGUGGAGCUCCAUUCUAAAUGACAAAGAUAGCGUGGAAUACUACACGUACAAAAACAUGACAGAUUUUCUACAGAACUAUACGGAUGUUGCCGAAAAUGUCAGUUCGUUUUCCGAAAUGCUGAAAUCUGAGAACGAUCUCAGGAAUGUACUUAGAAAUACAGAUAAUGUUUUCAUUAAAGCAAUUGAAACUCUCACAGAGGAACUUCGUCAGUUCUUGCAGGGAAACGAAAUGGGAGAGGCGUUUAUCCAAGACAAUUUUAUACAGCUCGAUAUUUACUACAAAGAACUACGUCACGAAGAAAUCGAGCAACAGAGAGCGUAUGAUGCUAUAGCCCUACUCUGUGAUAUAGGAGGCUCUAUAGGAUUGUUUAUAGGUGCUAGCGUGAUGACGGUGUUUGAAAUACUCGACUUCAUCAUCAAUAACGCCCUGGUCAACACCAUUUACAAAAAUAAACGAAAAUAGAAGCAAGAAAUUGUCCCGGUACAAAGAUAAAUAAGCGAGAAUACAAUUAUUUUAAGGGUGAAUAUUAUUUUUGAACAAAUCACUGAUACUUACAAAGUUCAUUAACACAAACAAACGUACAACAAAUAAACACUAUGGCGUGUAUGUAAACAAAAUUAUGAAAUGUACUUACUAGUGAAAAAUAUAAAACAUUACAAAUAUGGUUUUGAGAAAAGAAAUUGCAUGUAUAUAAUGUCAAAAUGGUUGAAAGAAGAAAUAGAUAUUGAACAACGAAAGCAAGGAGCAAGCCCGUUUGGGCGUGGUUACAGGAAAUGGGGUUAAAAUAGAAAAAAGUUUAGUUGAAUGCCUUUGAUGCCAUUAUAGAUUUUUUUUAAAUCAUACACAAUAACAUAGGACUAUAUCUUCAGCUAGAAGUAUCGAAGAAAACAUUCCACUUGAAUGUUAUUUUUACUCAUCGAAUAAACAUGUGUGUGUCAUUUUUUUCCUUUUUUUAAUUUCAUAAAAAUAUUGUGCUAAGUAAAACGCGCUUGAUUGCAUGUGUGUAAUGUAUUUAUCCUAUUAAAAGCACCACCUCAUUAUUCAUUUGAUAUCCGGUGAACGUACAUUUGUAAUUGAAUAUAUACAUGUAUACAAACAUAUAGUUUAUGUAUUGUAUAGCAAUAUACUCGCAUAUUA